AUGUCCAUCGUGGAAGAACCUCAAGAGAAUACUUCGGCACCCUCGCCAUCACCACAACCGUCUCCAAGUGACCAGCAGACAAGCGGGCGAGCCGCUGUCAACGAAUCGGCAUCCCACUCCCUUGGUGCUGCUAAGACUCCAAAUGAGCAAUUAGGGCUGCCAGUUUCCUCCCCAGCGAACACUGCAGCACUGCUUCAUCUUGCUCUGUCUUCAACUCCCGAGACCCGGGCGAUGGUUUUUGAUGAUGGCAAGGACUUUUCAGUCAUCCCGUCAACAUAUGUGUCCCCGACUUUUCACAUAUUGGAUCCUUAUAGUUAUAGAUUGCCAUCUAUAGCUGAUUCCCGUGAGGCACCGACACCAAACAGCCAGGCAUUUGCUCAAUGCAAAUAUCCUGUUCUACAGUACCUAUCGCCAUUCCUAGAUCGGGAUUUUGGAUCUGGCCUUGCCUGUGACCUUCUGGAUACAUAUUUCUCGAGCGCGUUCCUCAGUCGCAUGCAUCCCACAUGCCACCACAUCCACAACUUCAUCUUGAGGAAAAUCGACGUUCUCGAUUCUUCCCAACCCCGUCAAACGCAUCCGGCGCUUUUAGGCAGCAUGCUCUUCGUGGCAGCCUUCAGUGACAAGGCUCUGGGGUUGUUCAGUGGGCCUGAAGAGAAAGAUCGAGUCUGCAAGUAUUUGAGCCUGCUCACAUAUCGGCUUCUCAAUCCCGCCAGGUAUGAACCGUUGUUAAGACAGGAAGACUUGGGGCUGCCUCCGAUCUUCGGUCCAGACUCGGGAUGGAGCAAUGAUGACCUGCGCCGAGCUUUGGACAUUCCAAACGAUACUUUCCCCGAGUCUUGGGGCAUGGAUUAUAUCAUCGCAUUUAUUCAUGUUUCGUCCGUGAUUUCAGGAAGCGAGAAGAAGGCCGCCAGCAUCAGAUGGUGGAGCGUUGCUUUUAAUCUGGCAAGGGAUCUGAAGUUGAAUGAGGAGGUACAGUCCACCAUAAUGCCACAAGACGCAGAGGAUGGACCAGCCAGCUUGAAUUGCAAAUGUUCUCUGAGCCAGCACGCUGAAGGAGACUUCAUUAAUGAAAUCCAGCGCGAGGAGCGUCGCCGGACGUGGUGGCUCUUAUUUCUGAUGGAUCGACAUCUGGCACUGUGUUAUAACCGGCCGCUCGCACUGUUGGAAGCUGAAUGCAGAGACUUGCUGCUUCCACUUGACGAUGUUACUUGGCAAUCUGGUGCUCAGCCGCACAGCCAUGGUACGCGUGCCGAGGGACCAAGAUGCAUGCUAUUACCUUCUGGAACAGGACGCUCACAUGGGCCGCCGAAGACCUGUUCGGGGGUGGGUCUCUUUGAAUUCUUCUUGCCACUGAUGGUGCAUUGCGGUACUCUUCUGGACUGGAAUCGAUCGCGGCUACACCCCGUGCUUUCAGCAGCCUCCAUAUGGAGUUCGCAAGAACGUCAAAUCUUGCGUGAGCUUGAUCAUUACCAAGCAACUUUGGAUCGCGUCACAUCAAGCAUAUGCACUGAGACCGACACCGAGGAGGGUACCCGAUGGCAGCCACCCCCUACUGCGGGAGUGGAAGAUUCUGAAGCAACCCACAUUGCCAAAACUGUGGCCGGGUAUGCAAGACAUAUUGUAAGCGUGCUGAGGAUUCUGGUGGGUUCGAAAUGGGAUCCGGUUUGUCUCUUUGAGGAUUCGGAUUUCUGGACAUCUUCACUGGGGUUCAAAGACUCCAUGUCACACACGAUGGCAGCUUCUGAAUGCGUGACCCAGAUACUGGAAUGUGACCCGGACAUCAGUUUCAUGCCCUACUUCUUUGGGAUCCAACUCCUUCACGGCAGCCUCCUUCUCCUGCUGGUAGCAUAUCGCUUACAGGCUGACUCCGGCAAUGCAAUCCUGGCUGCCUGUGAGGCUGUCAUUAGAGCAACGGAAGCCUGUUUUGUCACGCUUCCAACCGACUACCAGCGACAGUUUAGAAACGUUAUGCGAUCAGCAAUAGCUCUAGCCAAGGGCAGGAGGAGCAAUCCUCGUGAUACAGAAAAGCAACUGACCUUCGUAUUAGCCAGAUACAGAUGGUCCAGAAAUGGAGCUGGGCUCGCUCGCUGA